AUGAUGCUCAAUGAUGCAAAUCGUUGGAUUGUUUUGGGUAUUCUUUCAUUUGGUUCCCAAUGCGAAGCACUCAUCAUGAAUCAAGUAAAACCUCGGGCAUUAGUCUAUACGUCUUUACAAUACCAUCACGCUGAUAUCGAUCAAUUCAUCGGANGUUUUUAUCGUUAUUGUUGUUGA